CGGUUUUCGACCAAUGCUUUUUUUUUUUUAAACAGAAACAUUGAAUUGUUCGAAUCACAAAAUUUAAAUAUAUUUUAUAUCGUGCAAGAAUUUUAUAUAUGAAUUUUUAUAUGAACUUAAAGCAACGUAUCUUUUAAAAUAAAAAAUAUAUCGUAGAAAUAGCAGGUUAACCUUGAUCAUUCGGAAAUCAACUCGUGUUAUCGUCACUUGUUUAGAACACGUUUGUAUUAAAAACUUGCAAUCAUGUUGAAAUACUCGACUGCCAUGGACGCUGAAUUGAAAGAAUUGGCUGUCGCGCUUUUCGAAAUCGACGCGUUAAAAUUUGGAGAUUUUGUCACUAAAAUUGGCCUGAAAACUCCGGUAUACUUUGAUUUGCGAGUGAUAGUUUCACAUCCAAAAAUAAUGGCUCGAUUGGCUAAGGUAUUAUGGAAACUCUCAGAAAAUUGUUCAGACAUAUCGCAAAUCUGUGGUGUACCUUAUACAGCCUUGCCAUUGGCCACUUUGAUCUCUGUCAAUUCGAAUAUACCUAUGUUGAUCAAAAGAAAGGAAGUCAAGGCGUACGGUACAAUGAAGAUGAUAGAAGGUCAAUUCAAACCAGGAGAUAAUUGCGUGAUUAUCGAGGAUGUAGUCACAAGCGGUAGCAGUAUUUUAGAAACAGUGCAAGUUUUAAGAAAAGAAGGCUUGGAGGUAAAGGAUUCUUUUGUGGUAAUUGAUAGGGAACAGGGUGGCAGGAAGAACAUAGAGAAUCAUGGAAUCAGGGUGAAAAGUUUGUAUACAAUUACAGGACUUUUGGCAUAUCUUCUAGAAAGUAAUAAAAUUACACCAAAGAUAGUAAAAGAUGUUACAGACUAUUUGUUAAGGUUCCAAGCACCCACUAUUUGUGUUCAAGAUAAACGAUUAAAAACCCCGUUCCAUAUCCGUGCGUCUAACGCUAAAAAUGCAAUAGGCAUAAAACUUUUCAAUUUGAUGGAAAUGAAACAGUCUACCUUGUGUUUAGCGGCAGACCUGACCAAAGCAAAUGAUAUUUUAGAGUUGGCAAAUUUAGUCGGGCCGCACAUCGUGGUGCUCAAGACACACGUAGACAUAGUAGAAGAUUUCGACAAUCAUUUCGUGAAACGUUUAAAAGAACUGGCUAAGAAGUACGACUUUUUGUUGAUGGAAGAUCGAAAGUUCGCCGACAUCGGCAACACGGUAUCUUUACAGUAUCAAAAGGGUAUAUAUAAAAUAGCGGAAUGGGCGGAUAUCGUUACAGUACACGCGGUUGCUGGCCAAAGUAUCGUGGAUGGUUUGAAAAAUGGUUUGAAAGAUAUCGACGAGCCGCGUGGUAUUUUUAUGUUAGCUGAAAUGUCUUCCAAGGGAGCUCUGACGAAUGGCGAUUACGCGCAGAAUGCGAUAUCGAUUGCACAAAAUUCGGACAUGGUGUGCGGCAUCGUUUGCCAGUCGAAUAUCUUUAUGAAUUUAGGGCUCAUUCAAUUGACGCCCGGUGUAAAGCUUUCAAACAGUUCCGACGACUUGGGACAGCAAUAUAACACUCCAGAAUCCGUUGUUAAUUCUGGAGCGGAUUUGGCUGUUGUCGGUAGAGGUAUUACAGAGGCAGAAAACAUAUUGGCUACCACGUUGGAAUACAAAGAGGAACUUUGGGCGGCUUACAAGAAACGAACGGCAUGAAUAUAAGUAAUUCGAUUGCUUUAU